GAGCGGCGGAAGCAGCUGGCUCGCACGGGGACGGAGGAGGGGGAGAGUUGUGAAGAUGGCGGCAGUGGUGGAGGUGGAGGUUGGAGGAGGUGCUGCCGGGGAACGGGAGCUAGAUGAGGUUGAUAUGUCAGACCUCUCUCCAGAAGAGCAAUGGAGGGUUGAGCAUGCACGCAUGCAUGCCAAGCACCGUGGCCACGAAGCCAUGCACGCUGAAAUGGUCCUCAUCCUCAUCGCUACUUUGGUGGUGGCCCAGCUGCUCCUGGUGCAGUGGAAACAGAGGCACCCCCGCUCCUACAAUAUGGUGACCCUCUUUCAGAUGUGGGUUGUUCCCCUCUAUUUCACAGUGAAGCUGCACUGGUGGCGGUUCCUAGUGAUCUGGAUCUUGUUCUCUGCUGUCACGGCUUUUGUCACCUUCCGAGCCACCCGGAAACCACUAGUACAGACAACCCCAAGGUUGGUUUAUAAGUGGUUCCUGUUGAUCUAUAAAAUCAGCUAUGCCACUGGCAUUGUUGGCUACAUGGCUGUCAUGUUUACCCUCUUUGGUCUCAAUUUAUUAUUCAAGAUCAAACCAGAAGAUGCCAUGGACUUUGGCAUUUCUCUCCUCUUCUAUGGCCUCUACUAUGGAGUUCUUGAGCGAGAUUUUGCAGAGAUGUGUGCAGACUACAUGGCGUCUACCAUAGGGUUCUACAGCGAGUCGGGCAUGCCUACCAAACACCUCUCGGACAGUGUGUGUGCCGUGUGUGGGCAGCAGAUCUUUGUGGAUGUCAGUGAAGAGGGCAUCAUCGAGAACACAUACAGGCUGUCUUGCAAUCAUGUAUUCCAUGAGUUCUGCAUCCGUGGCUGGUGCAUCGUGGGAAAGAAGCAGACGUGUCCCUACUGCAAAGAGAAGGUAGACCUCAAGAGGAUGUUCAGCAACCCCUGGGAGAGGCCUCACGUCAUGUACGGGCAACUGCUGGAUUGGCUUCGAUAUUUGGUAGCCUGGCAGCCUGUCAUCAUUGGCCUGGUACAAGGCAUCAACUAUGUCCUGGGCCUGGAAUAGUCAGGAAGAAGAGCAUCCGUCUGCUAUGGACCUCAGGGCACUCUCCUCCCUGCCCUCCAAGAUGAGCUGGGUGGGAAAGACUCAAAAGGGGCACUUGGGCCACUCAGUACCCCUCUGGCUGUGCCCGGGCUGGGGAGGGAGAUGGUGGAGAGCCAGCCAGUGGGGCUGUCAGCAGUGGGGGCUUUUUAAAAGAAAACUAUUUUGAUGAAUAUAUUUAAAACCUUUUUUAUUGUGGAGCAUAGGAAUUGCCCCCAACUCUUCCAGGCCUUGCCUUCCUUGUUUGAGCAGGGCGGGAGCAGAGCCACAUUUUUGAUUUAAAGGAGCCUUCUCAUCUCCGGCUGAGAGCCUCAGCCGCCCCACCCCUGCCCCCCGCCCUUCCUUCCCUCUGUGGGGUGCCGGCCUGGUUUACUCUGUGUGGGAGAGCCCAUGGGCUCUGCCUGGUACCACAGAUACACACUGAUGGGGGGUGAGGUGUCUUCCUUCCUCCCUUUCUGGGCCCCUCAGUCGGUGUUGUGUCAACUCUGUCUUCCCUUGUCCAGGACCCAUUGACUGGUUGAUGCAAGUGGAGCCUAGUCCUGACUUUUGCAGGGAGGGAUGCCCUGGGAUCUCACAGUUCACCGAGGAUUUGUCUGGGGGAAACCCAAAGCAGCAGCAGUUUGGGUAACAUGCCCCCAGCAAAGACCAGAGUCUCUCUGUGUGUAGUUGGGCCAUGGGAACUACUGUUGGCAGCAGUGAUUGAAGGCCUCUUGUGCAAUCUGACCCUUCAGCCCGGAAGUGGUGACACGCACCAAAGGCCACUCUGCCACGUCACUUCCUUCCCGGAAAGCCUGCGUGAGGGUGUGCAUGUGCGUCUGUUCGUGUGUGGCAGUAGAACUGUGACAGAUAGGACUUCUCCCUAUCGUCAGACAGUGUUCCCUUGAAGCUGCCAGGGGAUUCCCAGCCCAGGGAAUAUCCCUCUGUCAACUUCCACGUUCAUGGGUCCUGCCUGAGCCUGGUCACAGGAAUAAUGGUGGGUAUGAAGAGAAGAGGGCAAGAUCCAGGCAAGUGUGGGUUCUAAAAAGGUUCCAGGUAGGCCCUAGCUCUGGCCCUAGGAGUUUUGAAGGAAGUGGGAGGGCAAACAUGGGCCUUCAGCACUGGGUUCCUAGGGAAUGUGGCCCAGCGGGGCCUGCCUUCAAGUGCAGCAAGAGCCAAGCAGGAUCUUGUCACUCCAUUCUGAAUAAAGCUCCAUGAGCUGGGUUGGAAAGCUGAA